AUUGCCUCAGUGCAAAUUGCAUUAACGUUAUUAACGUGGAAAUUAUUCGUGAGAUGCGUUACACCAUAUUUUUUCCUGUAUAUAUACUGUAUGCCUCUUCUCCAUCUCUAGGGUAACAAAGCGGACGUCUCUAUGGUUAACUUCGCUAGUCGAACCAUUCUUCGUUUCUCUUCCACGCAACAAGCGCAGUGGCUCACCGAUCUUUUUCCGCCGAUCAUUGGCCGCUUCUGAGGAACUUAUCGCUAGGGGUCACUGGUAUCGUGAGUAUCGUGGCAUCGUACUAAUUCUUUUCUUUUUAUCCGGCCAGCUGGACACAGUUCGGUGGCUACCUAAUCGAAAAGGGGAGACCACCAUCCUCGUCGUCAUCAUCAUCAUCACGCCGGUUGAAGAAGAGGAAGAAGAAGAACGAGUCAUGAACGGACGGCCUGAAAGUGGUUCAAGUCGCAGCAGCAGUGAUGCAGCCAAGGCGAGGUGGUCUCCGCCGUCUCCGAAUCGCACCGAUGGCAUUCGACGCGUGGGAUACCUGCUGCCGUUCUACCUUUCUCCAAUUCUCAUCGAAGGCUCUAAGGCUAGCCGGUGCGUGUACAGCCUUCUGCUGCAGCUGCUGAUGUGGUCAUUGCACGUGGUCCCGAAGGCGGUAACCGGACUGCUGCCACUGGUGGACGGGCCCCUUCUCGGCAUCAUGACCACCGGCAGCGUAGCGCCCGAGUACCUCUCGGAGCCCGUGCUUAGCCUGGCGCUGACGCUGAUGCUGCUGUCGGCCGUGGAGCAGCGAACAGACCUCGUUCCGCGACUGAGCCUGACACUGUGCGCCCGAUUUGGGCUGCGGCGCCGGGCGCUUUUCGCGUUCGUCUGCUCGGUGGCCUUCCUCGGCGCCACGAUGGUUUCGGGUGCCGCCCUGGCCCUGCCGCUCAUGUGGAUCACCGACCGCGUCCUGGAGUUUCUUCACGUCGAGCAGUUGGACAGGGCACUUCUUCUGCAGACACCCAGUUCAGACCGAAGGCCAUUCAGGCGGUCUCUGGACAGCUUGUCGGCACCCAGCGUCCGCGACGCCGAGGCCCUUCUCACGAAGCUCGCCACGGCCAUGGCAAGGAUCGAGCAGCGGGUACCACGCCAUCGUCGACGCAAGGGCAGCCUUGCUACACCGACCGAGGCCACAGCCAGCGAGGUUCGCCCGGAUCCGCGGCCUUCCUCCUCGAUGGCCGACGACAGCCGGAAAAUGGCGCCAAGAUCGAGCAGCCUCGCUGACAAUGCAGCUGACGGAUACGUGCUCAAGCAAAUUUCGGUACCCAGAGCGCUGUCUCACCGCGACCAUUCGCCCGAAGGCUUGACGGCAUGGGCAGCGAUGCUGAUGGGUAACACGGUGAAGCCGACACUGCAGGACGCAGCCAUCUCCCGGCCCCAGGGCCAGGACGCCAUCGCGGCCUCCGUACGCCGCGCCGUUGGUGUGCCGGUCAACGAGUCGACUAGAGCAAUGCACGGAGUGCCGAACCCCGCAGAAAACUCCGCGACAGCUCGCAAACCCACCAAGGAGCAUAGUGGACAGGCCUCCGGCGGUAGUUCCACGGGGCGUUCGUCACUGUCUUCGGCCAGCAAGGGGCUUCAGCAGCGGCAGACCAACAGACGGCUGUCCAUCGUCGACUUCAAGCAGACGCCCGCACCGAAGGCUGAAUUUUCAGACCUGCUGAAUCGGACCUGUUUGAAGAGACCUGAGCACUGGAGCGAAGCGACGCCCGAGAACGUCACCGUUGCCACCAUCUCCGCGGCGGAAUCCCCUGCAGGCGAGUCUGCGACUCUGGCCACUGUGAACACGUUCGUGCCGCCCAUGCGCAAGCCUCCGUGGGCGCAGCGUCUGCUGCUCCAAGCGGAGCUAGGCGUCGCCAUAGGACGUAAGAACAGCAGCCUCGACUCGUUAUGCUCCUCGCUGGCACGGGCCUCCAGCAUUGGUCAGUAUCAAGCAAUGUUGGACAUUCAGCGUCGGAAAGAGGCCGUAGACAGGAAGCACGUGGCCAUUCGAAGCGCGUUUCUCCUGGCCGUCGCCAUAGUGACCGCGCUGGGCAACAUUGUCAGUCUCGCCCGCCUGCCCACGCGGAAGAUGUUGACCAAACAGCAUGCCAGCAGGGACGAAAUGCUGCUAUCGACAGGUCCAAUGGGACAACUGCAGUGGACGCUCAUAGCCAUUCCUGGCUCUGUGGUGGCAUUCCUCUUAUCUUGCUGCUACUUCUACACCAAGAACCUGUCACCGUACGAGCCCAGCAAUCCGGAGGAGAACAGCGUGGUGCAGUCGGCUGCUAAGACGAGACUGAAACUCCUGAGCACGCCUAUACCUGGGAAAAUCAAGCAACAGCAAUGGAGUCAAAGCCAUUACAUCAGCAGUGCCGCAUUGACGUACCUAAUGCUCCUCGCCAUAUCUGUACUCUCCGACUUCCUCGCUCUCCAGCUCAGCUUCCUAGCCAUGCUGAAUCUGGUGGCGGCUUCGCUGUAUCAGCUGACGCCUCGUGCACCCACUAGCCUCGAACCCGACGGUAGGCGUGUGACUCCGCCCUGGGACGUAGUGUUCAUCGCCGGCGGGGCGCAAGCCAUCUCCCGAUUCACCUCGGAGUGCGAUCUUCUGGGCGGCCUGGUGCGUGGCGUGAGUGACAACUUCUGGCAGCAGCGGUCGCCGCUGAUGAACCAGGCGCUGCUCUGCCUGGCCAUCUGUCUGGUCGCCGAGGUCAGCACGGCGGACGCGAUCGCCGAGGCCCUGCUUCCUCUGGCACACGUCGUCGCGUCCCGCACGGACAAGAAGGCGCAGUUCUUCGCCCUGCCCUUCGCGCUGUGCGCCUCGACUAAUCUGGUGAUCCCCGUGUCGCUGCCUAUCAUCCUCGUACACGGCUUCAAGGAACUCGAUCUCACCCAGCUGGUACGGGUGGUUGAGCUGCUGGUUCUAAGCUUCUGGCCUACUUCUGUCAAAGCCAAAUCAGUGUCCACCUUAUCAGUGGUGCUAAUGGUGGGCGUGGCCAUCAAGGUGGUGUUGGUAGCUGGCGUCCUGCUGUCAAUGAGCACGACGGGCCCGCUGCUGCCUUUGUUGGACAACGCGGUCGGGGAACGCACCAGUUCACCGAAAACGUCUUCCGCGAGACCGACUGCCAACCAUUCCAGUCUUUCCUACUAAUCGCUACAACCGAUAGGCCCGCUGGGCAAUAUGCGCGCGCGCACGGAUUCUAGAGGAACUCUCGAACUGAUCGUCGAAUUCGCUUCAAUGUUCAACAAACCGAAUAUUCAUUAAAUGCAUCAAUAUACUCGU